AUGAAAAUCUGUCACGCAACAUAUUUUAUUUUCUUAACUUUUCACAUAAUAAGUACUUGAACGUUGGUAUUAAUUAAUACCUAAAGAUAAAAACUUUUUAUACCUAAAGAUGAAAAUAUGUUUUUGUUUUCACGGAACUUUACGUUGAAAAACUUUGCAUUCAUUUAUUUGAUAUUCCAAAUCUAAUUUUAACUUCCAACUUGAGUAACACGAAGAUGUAUCUUCAAUUUAGAGAACCACCGGGAUGUAAGGUUUUUCUUACACUGUUUCCCAAUAAUAGCAUCCACCUGAUCUGUCGAACUAUCUGCUAGGCAGAAGGAUGUCUACAAAGUUAGCGCAAGCGCGUGCCCGACGACUCUGCUGCAAUCAAUGCCACGCUUUCGCUUCGAGCAGUCUUCAGCAGAACCUGUUCUCACGAACAUGGGAAGCGCGCGCGAAAGACACGAGACGUCACCGAAUGUCAGUUAUCAACAAGAUAUGCAAUACGUCUUCAAACCUAGCAGCUGGAUUCUCAGCUCGAUGGGUAUUUGGCCGAUCGCGAUUCGGGGAAUUGGAAAACACGUAUCUAAAUUCGCUAUAGUUGUGUGUAAUUCCGCAUUAGUAUUCGCGAUGGUUCCUUGUAUUCUACACAUCAUCUAUGAUCAGAAGGAUCUCAAUUUGAGGUUAAAACUGUGUGGCCUACUGGGUUUUUGUCUCACCGCGUUGACGAAAUAUUUUAUCCUUGUAAUACGUCGAUCCAAGAUACAGAGUUGCAUCCAGCAAGUAAAGAACGAUUGGUGGCAGGUGAAGUUCGAGUCCGACCGCGAACGCAUGUUGAAAUAUGCCAAUACCGGUCGUAAGCUAUCGUUGAUCAGCGCAAGUGCUAUGUAUUCCGCCGGCUUCAUUUAUCACUUGAUUCUGCCGUUUUGCACCGAGCACAAAAUCGGUAACCAAACCAUCAGACCGCUCGUGUAUCCCACUUACAGCGAGUUUACAGCGAGUCAGAUAAGUCCGACAUACGAAAUCGUAUAUGUGGCUCACUGUGUGUGCGGAUACACCAUAUACUCGAUCACAGUUGGAACUUGCGGAUUGGCAGCAAUAUUUGUUACUCAUGCAUGUGGCCAGAUUCAAGUGAUUAUAUCUCGACUUCAGGAUCUCUUAGACGGCAAAAACUUCGAGCAAAUUCCAAACGUUCAACAACGAAUCGCUGCUAUUGUGAAAGGUCAUGUUCAAGUAACAAGAUAUACAGCAGUUGUGGAGAGAGUUCUACAAGAAGUUUGUUUGGUUGAGUUUACUAGCUCAUUAUGCACGAUUUGUUUACUCGAGUAUUACUGCAUACUGGAUUGGCAAGCGGAUGAUAGAAUCGGUCUGCUGACUUAUUUUAUGUUGUUUGUUUCAUUCUGCUUUAACAUAUACAUAUUAUGCUACAUUGGUGAGCUUCUCAUGCAAAAGAGCAGUCAAAUUGCAAUAAUAUGUUAUUUGAUUAAUUGGUAUGAACUACCGCCACGAUCAGCUCGCGAUCUUAUAUUGAUAAUCGCCAUGUCUAGUCAUCCCAUAAAGAUCAGUGCUGGUAGAAUGGUGAAUUUAUCAUUGACGACUUUUGGAAGUGUGAGACUGUAUUUUUUAUAAUCCUAUUUUUCACUCAAAUGUGUAUAAAUUGUAUAUAAAUUGAAUAUUAUUUAUCAAUAUUAUCAAAGAGAGAGAGAGAGAGAGGGAGAGAGUAAACUUUUUAUCGUCAAAAAAUAAUAAUAUAACAAUAGAUUUUAUUCUAGAAGAAUUUAAUUGUAAUUUAAAGAAAUGUCAUAUAUUAUUUUUGCAUAAUCGUUUUAGGUGAUAAAAACAUCUUUGGCAUAUCUGAGCUUCCUAAGAACGUUAAUAGUAUAAAUAUAAUCAAAAUAAUACUGCAGAUA